ACAUCGUUCUUUUAUAUUUGAAAGGUACUGCACCCCACGAUACAGUGAAUUCGAAGAACUUGAGCGUAAAUACUGGAAAAACCUCACAUUCAAUCCUCCCAUCUAUGGAGCAGAUGUGAAUGGUACUCUCUAUGAACAGCAUGUUGAUGAGUGGAAUAUCGGCCGGCUGAAGACCAUCCUGGACCUGGUGGAAAAGGAGAGUGGGAUCACCAUCGAGGGAGUGAACACCCCCUACCUGUACUUCGGCAUGUGGAAGACGUCCUUUGCCUGGCACACAGAAGACAUGGAUCUGUACAGCAUCAACUACCUGCACUUUGGAGAGCCAAAGUCUUGGUACUCUGUUCCACCUGAGCAUGGGAAACGCCUAGAGCGUCUUGCCAAAGGCUUUUUCCCAGGAAGUGCUCAAAGCUGUGAGGCUUUUCUCCGGCACAAGAUGACUCUGAUCUCCCCAUUAAUGCUGAAGAAGUAUGGCAUUCCCUUUGACAAGGUGACCCAAGAAGCCGGAGAGUUUAUGAUCACUUUUCCAUAUGGUUACCAUGCUGGCUUCAACCACGGCUUCAACUGUGCAGAGUCUACCAAUUUUGCUACCCGUCGGUGGAUUGAGUAUGGCAAGCAAGCUGUACUG